GACUGGCCGGACACCGCGGCAGUGGCUAAGGCGAGCACUGAGAGAGCGGAUCCCGGGGAAGGACAGCGAUCCGGCCUCCGUCUGCCCGACCGACCGACAUGACCGGGGUCCAGCCCAUCGACUUACUCCUUCAGGCCGCCCAGUACCUAGAACGCCGGGAGAGGGAAGCCGAGCAUGGAUACGCUUCCAUACCCCCCCGUCGCAGCGAGCGGGCAAACAGCAAAUGGAGGAAGCGGGGCAGGAAGAGUGCAGGGAGCAGAUCGACCCACAACGAGAUGGAAAAGAACAGGCGUGCCCACCUCAGACUGUGCUUGGAGCGGCUGAAGGAGUUGGUACCAGUCGGAGCUGACAACACCAGACACACCACACUGAGCUUACUCAUGAAAGCCAAGCUGCACAUCGAGACCCUGGAGGAGGUGAGCAGGAGGGCCCUUCAUCAAAUUGACCAACUACAGCGAGAGCAGAGACACUUGAAGAGGCAGCUGGAGCUGCUGCGCAGCGUGGAGAGGACACGGGCACACAGUACCGGCUCCACCAUCUCCUCUGAGCCCUCCGAUUCCGAUCGAGAAGAUGUAUACGUGAACGUAGAGAGCACGGACGUGGACUGGAGCAGCAGCAGCGGCGAAGGCAACGUGAGUGACUCCAAUAAACCAAGCAGCCAACGCAGCGAUGAUAGCUACUUCAGCACAGGCCUCCAGAGGACCAAGAUGCUUUUGCAGAGAAGUGCCUGUGCCCUGACCACCACUCGUAUGCCAAGUGAGGGGAGCAGAUCGCCAUCUUGGGAUGAAGGCCAAGCCUCCCGUUCUGGGCUUGGCAGAAAUGGGGGUGAAAGUGCGGCUCAGUAGGCCACCGGCAAACAUCUGUCCGAGCGGCCGACGGGAGAAAUUCUUGCCGCGGACGACCUGAGGCGAGGUUCUGCACUCCGGGAUCAUGGAAACCGCUCUGGGUGGGGAGGGAGAGGAAGAAGAAAGGCAUCCAGAGAAUUCGCUCAUGGCGCCACCACUGAAUGUGACUCACAGCGCUGUCUGCCAACAGUUUGACCUCCCUCCCAUGUUUUUUCUUCCUCCCCCCUUUAAAACAAAAAGUGAGCGAGAGAGGCUGCACUGUCGUCUCUUCCCCACCAACCUCCAAAGGGUGACCCUUUGCGAGGCCUAGUCGUCACCAUCAGCCCUGGAGUAUUAAUAACUCAUUGAAGGGCAACACCAAGAUGGCACCCCCCCCACAAAAUCCUCUCCAACGCGUUACUGACCACAUUUGUACACAUUCCACAGCGCCCCACCCUCCCCCCACAAUCUUGUUACAUUUGUAACCUUCAUUUUUUAGACACCUCCCUGCUAUAGGAGGUAGAGGAACCAUGUGCUGGCACAGGCACAAACUUCAAAUGGGUCACAAUUUUUUACUUUUGAAAAGAAAACGCCUGGGGGAGGUUGUAAACAAAGUCGCACCAAAUUUUUCUCCCUCUGUCACAAGCCUAAAUGGGCCCCGUUUAGGGCUGUUAAGGCCCCAGUUUGCACACUUGGGCCUAGCGGGCAGGCUCUGCGCGAGGUCCCUCUCCCCGAAGCUGCCAGCCAGCCUACGGGGUGGGUUUUUUUUUUGUUGUUGUUGUUGUUUUUGUUUUUGUUUUUGGUGUAAUCUUUCGUUCCCUCAGCAACUGAGCUGAGCACUUUUGGAAAAGCCGCGCCAUCUUCAGACCGUCAAUUGUCAUUCGAUCCUGGCGUGAUUUGUGCCUUGUCCCUUGUGAGGAUUUUCACAUUGGCAGGCUUGCCAAUGGACAGAGUGCCCGGGAUCGUUUGCCGCAUUCCUUUCGUUAAAAUCGUCACGGAACGGUGCCCUGGUAUCGAAUCAUCUGACCUACGGUUCUUCUUUGCCAGCCCCAUUGCACUGACAGUAGGCUGAGUUCCCUGGAGCUGUCAAGCACCCAUUUUUGAUUUUUUUUUGUUUCAUUUCCUCCCUCCCUGGCGCGGGUCGCCCUCGGUGCGGGUUUGAAGGACCCUCGUGGUCGACCCUGCUCUUGCCCGUUGCGAAUGUUCGAGGCAGCCCUUGCUCCAAUGUUGUCCCAAGGGUAUGGGUUGUACGCUAAAGACAGCGAGCUUCUCUCCUCUGCGCCUUGCCUGGGAUGAAAGCCCAGGGCAGUUUGCGCCCGAGAUUGAAUUUGAAUGGGAGAUUUUUUUUUUGAUUUAACCCCCCCCAGCUAGGUUUGGCCGUUUAUUUUUAAUUUAUAAGUUUUUCUGCACUUUCUCCUCUGUCGCCCAGUCCUGCGUGACUGUGCCCCACUCGCCCCUCGGUUACCUCCAGGGGCACUGGCUGCCCCUUCUUCCCCCCCCCUCGAGGGGUCUGAGAGAGCACCAGACCGACAUGAACAGCACCCCCCACUCCCCUCCUACUCCAUCACCUCUCUGUGAGAGAGUCUUUGGAGCCGGCUCUUUGCACACAUACCCCCUGAGUCGGGUAUCCAUCCGGGCCUGCUGUUUCUCCUCUCACCCUUUUCCGGUCAUCUCCGUGUUCCUUAUCUUUUCGCCGUCUGAGCUGGAACAUCGAGGAAAUUGGGAAUUUGUUUUCCUAGAGGGUGGGGAAGCGGGUGGCAUUAAAUUUUAAUUGCCAGUCAGAACCUGUGCUAGAGACUGACGGAGAUCCAGGCACUUUAUUCUUUUUUUAACGCUCUGACUGUUGUAAGUACCUUUUUGUCUUUUUUGUUCACCCCACUUCCACUCCGUCAGUCUCGCACAGUGGUAUUAAUUCCAAGGGUACUGUGCAUUUCUAAGCCUACUGUGUGUGUGUGUGUGUGUGUGUGUGUGUGUGUGUCUGUGUGUGUGUGUCUGUGUAAUUAAUGUAUUGUUCGACUGUUGUAUAGUAUUAAAAACACUUUAUUUCAUUA